CAAAGCGAGGUAACGUGAAAUGUUUACAUGGAAAUAUGCUCAUUUCUUGUGUUUAUCAAGCUUUUCAGUGUUGCCUAAAUGUACUGGAUUCCACUACUGUGAGUAUACUCAUAGGAAGUGAAAGGCUAUUGUAAGGUAAUGAAGGGUUUACAGAAGGAUGUUUACCUGUGAAAUGUGUGGAACUUGGAAAAAAAGAACUAUGUAGUCAGGCUUUGUAGUCUCGUGUUCCAGCCGUCCAUUCAGCAAUCAUGGACUCCGAGGAAGAUGGAGAUAUGACCUCCAAGGCGGAUCCUUUGCUGUCGCCCUCCGCCAAGGAGUUAACUCUGACUAGCUUCCUGUUUGGCAAUAUCGACACAAAGGGCAACCUAGAAGAUGACAUUCUUGAUCCAGAAUCCAAGCGUCAUCUUGCUGAGUUGGGAGCCUUGUCAGGUCUUGGAAAAAUUGUCCAAGAGAUUGCCACCGAAGAGGAUUAUGAUGCUGACGACGAUGGCAAAAGUGUUGAAGAUUCAUCCAUGGAUGAUGGUUCUGUAGAAAAGGCCAGUGAUGCAGUAGAUUACUCAGAUAUCAACGAGGCGGCAGAAGAUGUGUCUUAUGAGAAAUACAGAGAGGCUAUGUCGACAGUCAUGCUUUCCAAACAAGGUUCUGAUGAUGAGGAUUAUGACGAUUCAGCAGAAACUUCCAAAUCUGAGAGUGACUCCCAACUGAUGCCCCCUCCCCCUCCGCCUGUCCUACGCAAGACGGUCCCUCCCUCCACCCCUCUCUCACCACCAGACAGCCAUGACGAGGGCAGUCAUACCCUGGGAGAGGAUGGGCAAGCCACCAGGAGGAGGGAAGGUAGAGAAGGGGAUCAAGACACCCCUCAGGAGACCAAGAAAAUGCCAAGUGUGACAGAGCUGUUCCCAGAGUUCAGAGAGGGAAAGGUGUUGAGGUUCCACCGUCUCUUCGGAUGCCAGAACACGCUUCCCCAGAUUUGGCGUGGUGCCAAGAGGAAGCGAAGAAAGCGUCGUCCGACAGCCAGUUCAGAUGGUCCGGAGCAGGUGUCAAGUCCUACAAAGAGUAAUAUCACGGGUUGGCAGUAUAACUAUGCGCCGACACCACCCCCGGAAGACUGCACUCCAGAUGAUGAGAUAACCAUGCUGGCCCCUAUCGAGCCCCAGGUGUCCAACGAUGAUGAAGAUGCCACUAAGAGUAAAGACGUGAAGCCCAAGGUGGCUGAGUGGCGGUACGGGCCAGCCCAGUACUGGUACGACAUGCUGGGAGUACCGGAAAGCGGAGAAGGAUUUGACUAUGGCCUCCAGACCAAGAAAAAUAACAACAAAGAGAAUGUUCCCAGCCCCAAGCCAGUAAAUGACGAGGCAGAGCCCCCCCAGGAGACUGUCCCUCUUGAAGAGAUCCUGGCCGACUGUCCCAGUGUCCCCCCGGCCCCGCAGGAUGCCUUUGAGUUGGUCAGCCAGCUGCCCUGGGAAGAAAACAUCAUUUGGGAUGGGGAGGAAGUCAAGGAGAAAGUGUUGCAGGGCAUUGACGCUAACACACUGGCGGGUUGGGUGCCUACACUGGCAAACAGGACUGUCCUUGCAUACUGCACUGCGCAUGGAAGGCGAAAUAUGGACUUUCUGGACCCCAGCCUCAGCUCGGCUCCGAUGGGCCUGAAACUCCAGGGUCCAUCCCUGGCGAGAAAGGUGGCCAACAAACUGGCACAACAAGCUCAAGAUAGCCAAGAGCCUGAGAAGUUGUCUUGGUACUCCAUCUUUCCAGUUGACAACGAGGAAUUGGUUUACCACAGGUGGGAAGAUGAUAUCAUUUGGGACCAUGAGAACAUGGACAGGAUCCCACCUCCUAGCACCAUGAAGCUGGACCCCAAUGAUGAGAACAUCAUCCUGGGGAUCCCAGAGGAUCCAGACCCAAAUGCGGAGGCGGAGGUGGUCAAAGAAAAGAAAGAACCUAGGAGGUCAAAGAUUGUCCUGGAGAAGACAGGAGUCACUAAGUCCAAUAUUCUGCAGACCCAACCCCAGGAAGAUGAAGAUGUGAAGGAGCCCUUCAACAUCUCCAACGAUGCCUACUACUACCCUAAGAAUGUUGGUGAGAACAAGCUGCGAGCCAACAUGGCUGGUAACCUUCAGCAUUCCACCCCUGCUGUGGAGCUGCGCCAACCCUUCUUCCCAACCCACAUUGGUCCCAUCAGGCUGCGCCAUUUCCACAGGCCCCAGCUCAAGCGAUUCUCCCACGGUGCCCUGGCAUCUCCAGGAUAUCAUAACGUCUGGCCACUGCUCAGACGCAUCAAGACCAAGGCCAAGUUGCGAGAGCAGGAGCGACAGGCCUCGGGAGGGGGUGAGAUGUUCUUCAUGAGGACCCCGGAGGACCUGUCAGGGAUGGACGGUGAGCUCAUCCUGACCGAGUUCUGCGAGCAGUUUCCACCACACAUGAUGCAAGUGGGCAUGGCCAGCAAGAUAUGCAACUACUACAAGCGGAAAUCGCCAUCAGAUUCAAAGCCACCAGAGUAUGAGCACGGAGAGACAGUGUAUGUCAGGAGCUCUCCUUUUCUUGGCGUCCUAACACCAGGAGAAUCCCUGCAGGCCUUGGAAAACAACCUCUUCCGAUCCCCAGCCUACCUGCACAAGAUGCCAAACACUGACUUCCUGGUCAUCAGGACUAGGCAGAAGUACUUCAUCAGGACCAUUGACCACAUUUACACCUUGGGACAGGAGUGUCCUCUUCGGGAAGUCCCAGGCCCCAACUCAAAGAAGGCCAACAAUCACAUCCGAGACUUCCUACAGGUGUUCAUUUACCGGCUGUUUUGGAAGAGUAAUGAUCGUCCCCGUCGCAUCAAGAUGGAGGACAUCAAGAGAGCCUUUCCGACACACUCAGAGAGCAGCAUUAGGAAACGGCUCAAGUUGUGCGCUGACUUCAAACGCACAGGCAUGGAUUCCAAUUGGUGGGUGAUCAAACCUGAAUUCCGGCUUCCCAGCGAGGAGGAGAUACGGGCCAUGGUGUCCCCUGAGCAGAGCUGUGCAUACUACAGCAUGCUGGCAGCCGAACAAAGAUUAAAGGAUGCUGGAUAUGGUGAGAAGUCCUUCUUCGCUCCAGAUGAUGACAACGAAGACGACUUACAGAAAAUCGAUGAUGAGGUCCGGACGGCUCCUUGGAACACCACCAGGGCCUUCAUAGCUGCCAUGAAGGGCAAGUGUCUGCUCGCUGUGACUGGUCCCACAGAUCCGACAGGAUGUGGCGAGGGCUUUGCCUACAUGAAAGUCCCCAACAAGCCCUCUGGGGCUAAGGAUGACACUAGUUCUCCCCAGCAAGUGAAGAAGACAGUGACAGGCACGGAUGCGGAUCUUCGUCGUCUCAACCUGAAACAGGCUAAGCAACUCCUGCGCAAGUUUGGCAUCUCAGAGGAGGAUAUCAAGAAGUUAUCUCGCUGGGAGGUCAUUGACGUGGUGCGCACCUACUCCACUCAGCAGGCCAAGAUGGGGGAGACUGCAACUGCCAAGUUUGCUCGGGGGAACCGUUUUGGCAUCGCGGAGCACCAAGAGCGCUACAAGGAAGAGUGCCAGAGGAUAUUUGACCUGCAAAAUAAAGUCUUAGCCUCAGAUGAGGUGCUGUCAACCGAUGAAGACAGCAGCUCUGGAGAUGACAGUGACUUUGAGGAGAUGGGCAAGAACAUUGAGAGCAUGCUGACCAACAAGAAAACCAGCAUACAGCUAACCCAUGAACGGGAGGAGGCGGAGAGACGGGAGCUGCAACGAAUGCUGAUGGGGGACAGUGCAAGCACCAGCAAGGGGGAGGGCAAGGAGACUGCAGGUGGCAAAAAUGGCACCAACACCCCCACCCCAGGGGCCGGCCCAUCUAGCAGGGACGAUGACCUGAAUUCAACACACAGCUUUGGAUCUUCAUUUAGUGGGCGUCGUCUGAAGAUUUACCGCACCUUCCGUGGGGAGGAUGGCCAAGAUUUUGUCCGAGUGGAGACAGUCCGGAGGCCAGAGGUGAUUGACACCUACGUCCGCAUCCGCCAGUCAAAGGAUGAGAGCUACAUUCGUCAGUUUGCCCUGCACGAUGAGAAGCACCGGGAAGAGAUGAAGAAGGAGAGACGACGCAUCCAGGAGCAACUGCGCCGCAUCAAGCGCAACCAGGAGAAACAGGAGCAGGAGAAGCUGCACCCCAAGCCACCCAAGGUCUUCAGGAAGAAGAAAGAGAAAAAGAUAGAUCCCAAGGUCCUCAAGAUGAAAUGCGGGGCCUGUGGACUGAUUGGCCACAUGCGCACCAACAAAGAGUGCCCCAACUAUGCCAAACUGAAGGAAAACCUGCCAUCAGUUGCCGUGGCAAUGACAGAGGAACAGGAGGAGGCAGAGGAGAAGAAAUUGGAGGAUGAUGAACUUGUCAAGACGGAGGGAACAAAGGUCAUCCUGGCCAAGAGCAUUGUUGAGCACGCCGAGCAGGUCAAACGUAAGUCCCUGGUCCUGCGUUUCCCGAAGGAGAACUUGCCGCCUAAGAAGAAGAGGCGCACUGAGUCCUCCCAACCCCUGGACUAUCUCAAGCGGCCAAACCAGUCCAAUAAUCGACGUCGCACCGACCCAGUAGUCACCCUUGGGAUUAUGCUGGAACCAAUUCUGAACGAGAUGAGAGAUAUACCAUACGCCACACCGUUUCACCAACCAGUGAAUUCUCGUCACUUGAGCGACUACUACAAGAUAGUCCACAAUGCUAUGGACUUGCAGACCAUGCGUGAGAAAUUGCGAGCUCGGAAAUAUCAGUCUCGUGAAGAGUUCUUGAGUGACGUGCAGCUGAUUGUGGACAACAGCGCCCUCUACAAUGGUGAUACGAGUCCCAUGACCAUGGUAGCCCACAACAUGCUGGUUCUCUGCAAAAAGAGAAUGGAGGAGAAAGAUGAGAAAUUUUCUCGAAUUGAGAAAGCCAUCAAUCCACUGCUUGAUGAUGACGAUCAGGUUGCCUUCUCUUUCAUCUUAGACAACAUCAUCACAGCAAUGAGAGCGGUCCCUGAUUCAUGGCCCUUCCACCAGCCCGUCAACCCCAAACAAGUGAAGGACUACUACAAGAUCAUCACCACCCCCAUGGACCUGGAGACCAUGAGGAAGAACACACAGAAGCACAUGUACAAUAACCGUGACCAUUUCCUAGAGCACGUGGAGCUCAUGGUUAAGAACUGUGCUGCUUACAAUGGUGAGGAGAGCACCCUAACCGGGAUUGCCCAGCGGGUGCUGGAGGUCUGCAGGGCUGAGCUGGCCUCCAACGAGGAACACCUGGCCCAGCUAGAGAAGGACAUCGCGCUGGCAAGGGAGAGUGCCCUGGAGGCGGCCGACACGGAAAGCCUGUCGGCCGCUCCCAACACCCCUUCCAGUCAGAUGGCCAAUGAGGACAGCAUGACAGGGUUUGAUGAUGAAGAUGAUGUACAGGGUAAUGACCUGGAGGAGGGAGAGUUUGUGGACAUCGAGGGAGAUGGAGAAAAGAAGUCCAGCUUUGAGCCCAUCCAAGAUGCCGAGGACAGCAUCCUCUUCAAUGACCUCCAGAUCACACCAGACAACAGUGAAGAGGAAGAUGACGACGAAGAAGAUGAAGAAGGCGACAACCCUUUCCUAAACCAGCUCAGCGAGAGUGAGGAGUCAGAAAACGAUGAUGGGGAUGAGCCCGAGCAUCCAAAUGAUGAGGAGGAGGAAGAGGAUAGAGAAGGCGAAACUGAAGAAGCCGACAACUUUGAGGAUGAGAAUGGCGGCGAGGAAGAAGAUGAUGUGGAAGCGGAGGUGGAUGAGUCAUUUGAAGCGGAGUACGACAUGAGCCGGCCAAACUCUGAGAUGGCAGAUGUGGAACAGAGUGAAGAGGAGCUGGAUGUGGAGGAGGGCAAGAUGAUUCAAGACGACGAGGAGGAAGAAGACAGCGAGGAUGACUUUGUGGAAGUGGAGGAUGAAGAAGAGGCAAUGGAUGAAGGUUAAAUCCAGUGGCUGAGCAAUGAGCCAAAGAGCAAGGGAACACUUCACUGAGCUGCGAAGUGGCUAACAAAAUUCUUAAGAUAAUGAGAUGAUUACCAAACACAGUGAACACUACCUGCACAUGAGAAUUUAGAGAUUUUAGACCCGUUGUUGCCUACCAGAUUUAACUGUACUUGUUUCUUCUUGGCGUAAAAGGUCAUUUUUGGCUUACUUCUUAAGUUUGUGUUUUGGCUUUGUAAAAUUCAUUGACACAGAGGAGGUCAGAAGGUGCUUAUAAUGUACAAGAAAUCAAGUUACAUGUUAGUCUGUUUUUAAUAAGCCCACAUUAGCUUUUGAACUGGAUAUAUGGAAACUAGCCAGUUCUAAUUGUGGUACAAGAAUUUGAAAUUGAGGGGAAAAAUUUUAAGAUCACAAAACUGAAAAUUUUUAUACAUUAUUUUGUCAUUUAUUUGUUCAGUGUCAAGAUCUCCUUGUUCGAUUGACCAAUAACUCAUCUCAUAUUUAUAGAGAGGCUAAUUUCUUACAAUGAAGCUUAUCCCAUUCAGGAAAGAGGAUAGUGAUGUCUUUGUUGGCGAUUUUUGGUUGUAAAUAUUGUACAUUAAAGAUAACGUAAAGCAGAAGUAGAUCGGAAUAUGUUGGGAGAACCAGAAGAAAACCCGGCUGGUAAAAUUUGUAUUGAAAAAUAUCAGUCUGAAUGCUAUUGGACGAGAGAAGAAUCGAGUCAUUUUAUACUGUAAGGUGGAAAAAACAAUUUCCAAAAAGAAGGAAAGAAAACAAAGGUAAACAUUUUUUAGUGCACAAGUACUCCUUUUUAUUUUUGGGGUCACGAUUUGCCCGUUUUAUUCAAGCAUUUUGGUGAAGUGAUUAUCUGUAAUCACUAUGUCACCAAUAAAGGCAGCUUUAAUCAUUGAAUACACAAGUCUAGAAGAAAAAGUGAAAUGUUUCUGAGCUCGUGUCAAUAAAGCUAUUGCCUAAAACGUG